AUGUCUUCAGAGGGACUUGAUGUGUUCAUUGUUCUUUCUCCAAGGUUUAAUUUCGAAGAGGAGACGCCGACGACCAACUUCGAUACCUUCCCGGCGGCCAUUCUCACCGUCUUCCAGAUUCUGACUGGCGAGGAUUGGAAUGCAGUAAUGUAUCAUGGCAUUGAGUCUCAGGGGGGCGUGCGGCGGGGAAUGUUCUCCUCGGUCUACUUCAUCGUCCUCACACUCUUUGGAAACUACACUCUCCUGAACGUAUUUUUGGCUAUCGCCGUCGACAACCUCGCCAAUGCACAGGAGCUCACCAAGGAUGAGGAGAAGCAGGAGGAAGAAGCCAAUAAGAAGCUGGCCCUGCAGAAGGCCAUGGAGGUGAAGGAGGUCAGCCCCAUGUCAGCAGCCAACAUCUCCAUCGCUGUUUUUGUAAAGCAAAAUCGAGAUGUACUCUCUCGCAGCUCGUCCGUCUCCAGCGUACAUUCACCUAAGGAGCAGCAGAGAGCCAAUAAGAUGAUGUCGGUGUGGGAGCAGCGCACCAACCAGCUGCGUCAAAACAACUUGAGGGCCAGCUCAGAGGCUCUGUUCAAUGAGCUGGACCCAGAGGAACGACUGCGUGUCUCCUCCGCCCUCCACCUGCGCCCCGAUAUGAAGACCCACAAUGACCGCCCCCUAGUGGUGGAGCCAGGCAAUGGGGACAAACCACGACCCCCCAAGGAGGACAGAGAUGGAGCAGACCCCCAGCAAGAGGGAGGAGACCCCCACGGCCCACAACUCCGCAAGCACCACCGUCACCGGGAGAGGAAUGGGGAGAACGGGGAGAGCAGGCAUCACACCCACCACAGCCGCAGUAGGGACCACUACCACCCAGACGGGCCCCGGCCCAAAGAAGGAAAGGUGGAGAGGAGCCAUAGUCGAGAGGGGGGCCAGGGCCACAGGCACCAUCACCAGGCUGGAUCCCCGGAGGAAGGGGUGAACGGAGGGGGGGAGGAGAGGGAGCACCGCCACCACCACUCCCACAGACAGCCCCGAGAGGAGAACGGGGCCCUGGCUAACGGGGCCAGAGUGGAGAGGAAGGGCCGGGGCCACAAGGAGGGGAAUGGAGAGGGGAACGGAGAGAGGAGGAGAUACCGCUCCCACAUGGUCAGGGCCCAGUCAACUCUGGAUGGAGAGGAGUGCAGAGAGAAUGGAAAGAGAGAUGGAGACAGGGACCAGGGACACAGAGCUUCACUGGACGCUCAAGGGGAGAGCCUGGCCACCAGCCCUGUGCAGCCUCCUGCAGGUCUGCAGGCCGGAGAGAAGCAAGAGGAUGCAGACAACCAGAAGAACAGCCACAGAGCCAGCCAGGCAGGCCUCAACAGCAAUACUGUCCACAUCCCUGUCACCAUCACCGCCCCGCCCAGAGAGACCACCAUCAUACCCAUGAAUAACAUAGACUGUGAGAGCCUCCCCCUGAACGAGGAGAAGAAGAACUUAGAGGAGGAUGAGGAGGAGCUGAAGAACGGCCCCAAACACAUUCUACCCUACAGCUCCAUGUUUGUGUUCGGGCAGACCAACCCGGUGCGUCGGCUGUGUCACUACGUGGUGAACCUGCGUUACUUUGAGAUGUGUAUCCUGUCGGUCAUCACCAUGAGCAGCAUAGCCCUGGCUGCUGAAGACCCUGUGCAGGCCAAUGCACCCCGCAAUAACGUGCUCAAGUAUCUGGACUACGUCUUCACGGGAGUGUUCACCUUUGAGAUGGUGAUUAAGAUGAUAGACCUGGGACUGCUCCUCCAUCCUGGUUCUUACUUCCGCGACCUGUGGAACAUCCUGGACUUUAUCGUGGUCAGUGGAGCUCUGGUGGCGUUCGCCUGCUCAGGAACUAAAGGCAAGGACAUCAACACCAUCAAGUCCCUCAGGGUGCUGCGAGUCCUGAGGCCCCUGAAGACCAUUAAACGACUGCCCAAGCUCAAGGUGACUACAUCUGCCACCCGUCACCUCCUCUCUGGCAGAGCAGAGAAGCCGCCUCCAUGA